AUGUUCGCGCGCACAUGCAAGCUCCUCAACCUCAACGCCACCCCAAUCCUCUACAAGUUCCUAGUCAUCACGGAUUACAUUGACUAUGACCACUUCCCCAGACUCACAAAUGGUCAUAUCUGGUAUGGCCCCCGCAACCUUCCCCUCAUCGAAAGGCUUGAUGUCUCCAUGCCAUGGCACUGCAUGUCCGACGGCGGAGACUCUCAAUCUGCAAGCCUCAACUACAUUGGGGAUAUGCCCAACUUACGACAAAUGACCAUCGAGUUUCGUGAAGGUGACGACCUACCACACUGGCAAAACAGACGGACUAUGUAUCUACCAUCACCCGUACUUGCCAACCUCCAAACUUGUAUUCUUAACUUCACGGCUGGGGAUUGGGAUAUUACAGGUAUCGUCCCUUUAUUGCAGCAUCCCAAUCUUCUUUGUCUUGAGAUGCAUGCUGCAGCCUCUGAUCCAUUGUCCAAAGACGUCGAAUUCGAUGACGAGGACGAUUACGAAGGUCUUGAGUGCGAGUCUCCCAAGUCAACAUCGCUCGUGUCACUCACACUUGUCGACUGCGAUCUCGUUCUGGACGACUUCCACCAGAUGCUCUGCUUCCCCAAGGCACUCGAAUACCUAUCAGUGUACGCGACCAAGCCCGACAACGAAGGGGGACUUUAA